AUGUCAGGCGUUGCUGGGUUUGGUAUGGCCUCUGAGCUCGCUGCAACGUUAGCUUCUCAGGCACUUCAGGAAAACGGACUCCCUCCAGGGCUAUUGCCACUUCAAGAGGUCGUGCAGAGCACGAACACGAGGACUGGGCCCUUUCACAGGAACGAUCUGUCGCGGAAAAAUCACAAAUCUCAAGGGAGUUCACGUGAGAAGAUUGAUGUUGUGGCUGUCUGUUGA